AUGGAUUCCGAACUCGAAACAAGAAAACCAGUCGAUCAAAGCAUCAACGAUGCAUACGACCUCGCCGCCAUGGGCCAUGACCAGAGUCUCACCCGCAAGUUCAAUAUCUGGAGCAUGCUGGCACUUGCAUUCUGCGUCUUAGGAACAUGGUCCACAUUUGCCCAAGAUUUGGCCGAUGGCCUGGUCAACGGCGGGCCAGUUUCGAUUCUUUGGGGACUUGCACUUGUCACAUUUUGCAACACCUGCGUCGCUUUUUCCCUUGGAGAAAUCUGCAGUAGCAUGCCAACUGCGUUGGGUCAAGCAUACUGGAUCUAUCGACUAUGGAGCUCGCCAUGGGGCCGCUUCGCCUCAUACAUGUGUGCGUGGAUCAAUGUAUUUGGCUGGUGGACUCUUGCCGCGUCACAGGUGGCGUUCAUGACCAACUUCAUCUUGGGAAUGAAGGUCAUGUUCGAUGAAGAGUGGAAAGGCGCUUCGCAGGGCUGGCUGGAGUUUGUCGUCUAUCUCGGUGCGGUUUUCGGCCUCACCUUAAUCAAUGUGGUUGGGUGUCGACGGGAGAAGUUCCUGCCCUGGCUGAACAACUUCGUUGGAGUUUGGUUCUUCGGCCUUUUUUUCGUCUUUUCGCUGGCCUUGCUUAUCUCUGUCGGAGUCAAGUCCGAUCUCUCUUUCCAGCAGGGUUCCUUCGUGUUCGGGAAAUGGAUUAAUAACACGGGCUGGCCUGAUGGUGUGGUGUGGUUCAUGGGCUUGGUGCAAGCGGCGUACGGUCUGACUGCAUUUGACGCUGUUAUCCACCUUGUGGAAGAGAUUCCUUCCCCUCGGAAGAAUGCUCCAAAGGUCAUCUACUUGGCUGUGCUCUCGGGUGCAGCAAGCGGCUUCAUUCUUAUGAUUGUCUGUCUGUUCUGCAUUCAGAAAGUGAAGCAAGUCAUCAACUCCCCUAGCGGCCUGCCGUUUAUGGAUCUUGUUCAGGAAACCGUUGGCCGGAAUGGAGGCGCAGUUCUUAUUGCAUUAUUCAUUCUCAAUGGCCUAGGCCAAGCAGUGAGCAUUGUGACCACAGCCUCUCGCCUCACCUGGGGCUUUGCUCGCGAUGGCGGGCUACCAUUCAGUGGAUAUCUGUCUCACGUCAGCCCAUACUGGAAAGCUCCCGUGCGAGCUCUCUGGUUCCAAGGAUGCCUGAUUGCUCUAGUCGGAAUCCUAUUCCUCUUCGCCCAGACAGUAUUGAAUGCCAUCCUCAGCGUCAGUACUAUCGCCCUGACAAUCUCCUACGGACUCCCGAUUUUAACAAUGAUGAUGGUUGGACGAGACAAACUCCCUCCGGGCGGACAAUUCCGUCUUGGACGAUGGGGCAUGCCGAUCAACUGGGUCAGUCUUAUUUACUGCUGCAUCACCACAGUUUUCUUCUUUUUCCCGGGUUCGCCCAAGCCCACCGGGUCCGGGAUGAACUACGCCAUUGCGGUUUUCGGCGUGAUGCUUUUGAUUGCUGUUUCUUUCUGGUUCAUCCAAGGAAGUCGCACCUAUCUCAACACAGAAGAGUCAAUGGCUCCAGUGCUUCAGGCACAGGAAGGGGCAUUCAAUGAGCCGCCGGUUCCGGACCCCACCAAGGAAGACAAAUAA